UAAAACCCUAACACACUAAUUUCUGCCGAGUUCAGUAGCUGAAGUAGAGAGACCCGGGAAGUUUUGGGAACCCUAAAACACAAGCAAAGAUGGGUCGCGUUCGCACGAAGACGGUGAAGAAAUCGUCUCGUCAGGUGAUAGAGAAGUACUACUCGCGCAUGACGCUUGAUUUCCACACCAACAAGAAGAUUCUGGAAGAGGUCGCAAUCAUCCCUUCCAAGAGGCUGCGCAACAAGAUCGCCGGAUUCUCCACCCAUCUCAUGAAGAGGAUCCAGAAGGGACCUGUCCGUGGAAUCUCCCUGAAGCUCCAGGAGGAAGAGCGUGAGCGCCGCAUGGACUUCGUCCCCGACGAAUCCGCCAUUAGAACCGACCACAUCGCCGUCGACAAGGAGACGCUCGACAUGCUUGCCUCCUUGGGAAUGUCGGAUAUGCCAGGUGUCGUCAAGGUCGAUCCCGUCUCCGCCGCUCCUGUUGCUGCCUUUGGAUUUGGCCGUGGAAGGAAGUUCUAGAUUAUCGAUCCUCGUCACUCAGAUAUGUGGGUUUUUUGCUAAAUCGUUGUAAGCUAAACUUCAAUGCUCUAUAAGCUUUAAUGUCACUUAUUUUCUGGAUAAAUUUUGUUUCUGUAUUUGUAAUUGCCGAAUUUCUUAAAUUUUUAUUGUUCUU